GAGCCAUCCAUGCCCCUAGUUCCUGCUCAAGAGACACCCUGCCAGACAGGCAACAGCAUAAUAAUCCUACAACUAUUUAAUUUAUAAUUUAUCCUGGAAGCACAGAGGUCAUCUGUGUAAAGUCACUGCUACAAAGGCACAGCAAGGACUCAGAAGACUGAAGAAAACAGGGAUUAUGAAUUUUGCAAGUCGAAUUUUCAUAUGGUUGCUGCCACUGACAGCAAGCACCACAGUGACAUCUGGCCAGAAUCACAACUUCAUGAAUGUGAUGACAGGAGUGGUAGGAAAUAAGUUCCCUCACAGCCAGCUAACAACGCAGGAGGCGUCCAUGUUAAAUACACUCUCAGAGGUCUCAGGUCGAAACAUCAGACAGUCUAACAUUGUUGAUGUAAAUCUAACAGAGGAAAAAAUGACAACACACAGCACUAAAUCAUCACUGCAAACAACUCAAACAAUGCCUUCGAAAAUAUUCUUAUCAAAUAUUCAAACAGCAACAACUCCAUCAAAUUCCAUAUCAUUUCAAUUAAAGAGCUCAACAGUACGCAUGAAAUCCACGACAGAAGUACAAUUUAAAGUCACAACAUCAGCAACAAUGGCGGUAACCAGUCAAGCCAGCAACCCAACCACGAUCACAAAUGUACCUUCAAUGCUCAGGAGCUCCAUCCAAAGCCAAGACACAGGAAACACAGCGGCCUCCCAAUUCACCAGUGGUAAAAUUACCCAUUUAUCUAGACAUCCAACACAGUUUACAGUCCUCAUCUCUACUACAACCACAUCUUCCAAGCGUGUUGAAGACAAGUCUAUAAGUACAAGUCCAGUCACAGGUGAUGACGCUAUGCAGUCCACAGGUUUAUACAAAACUUUACUGGCCACAGCAAAUACACCACUCAUCCACAUCACUGAGGCAAAGAAAAGACAAGAUCCUGCAGAAAAAAAUGCAAAGUCCAAAAACGGAACAAACCACAGUAAAGCUGUGGCAGGGCUAGUAAGUGGAGCCCUGGUAUUGAUGAUGAUAGGAUUCCUGCUAAUCUAUAUAAAGAAACAGAAGCUUCAGAGGCAGCAGAUAACAACUAGAGACUGGGCUGGUCCUUCACCAUUUCUGGAGGGUGGAGCUGACAAUGGCCAGGCAACACUGAGGUCAUCUCACCGAAUUCCUCUCUCCACCUUCCUGCCUCAGAGGCUGUCCAAAAGGAUGUCCUUGCUCCCAGAAAAAGAUGACGAGUCAGAAGACAUGACACCAGGUACUACAUUUGGAGAUAAACAUCAAGAGAGUAUAUUUGGUCUAGAGGUGGACGUAAAUGAUGUACAAAAAAGCAAUGGGAGUGCUGCAGUUGUUCCAGAAAUGAAACACACAGGAAACACUCCAGAGCCAAUUAAAAACUCUGUCUCAGUGUCGUUUUCACAAAUGAACGACCCACUGUCCACAAAGGUUACAAACCUCACUGAAGACCAUCCUGCUACUCUGUCUGGAGCUGUGAAAAAUGAUCUGGCAUAAUUGAAAGAUGGCCUUGGGCAACCUUCAGUGAACUUAAUCCCCGAACCCACCAAUGCAUCCACUUUCUUUCACUUUUGUUUCUGGGACGCAUUAACAGUAACAGAGAACACAGUAAACAAACUGAUUAACAUGACAAGAGAGAAGUGAUGCUUAUCUAGGUCUCUUCUGUAAACUUUGAAAAGGAGUAUCACAGUAUUGUAAUAUUAACAGAAAAGUAUUUUUCUUAUUUUUAGAGCCCUAAUUAGGUGUGAUGGACAGGGCAAUGUUACAGUCAUAUGUCAGGUUAUUGGAACCUUUAGUGUAAGUCACUCUGCUUCUAAGUUAGUCAACAACGUAACUACGGCUCUCCCCAUUACCUCUUCAGAUAUUCUCACACCAGAACGCUGCUAUAUUUUUUUGAUCAUCAUGUAAAAAUGUAUGUAUGUAAUGCAAAAACAAGGUAUAUGCAGGCAACUUUGUAAUCAUCUUGCAGCAAAUGGAAAAGGAUAUGUAGUGGUGAGAACAAACAUACUUGUGGUACAGUACAGGGGCCAGCAGAUUGUUAACAUAUGACUAAUAACUGUAAAUACGAUAGGCUAAACACAAACCUUUGCAUUUUCUACAUCUUUGCUUAGAUCUGAUGAUGAAAAAAGGCUGCCUAAUGUUUCAUUGAAGAUAGUCCACUUGACAGUCAAGACUACACAAAGUAAUGUAGCAUGCACAUUACAUAUCUUAUACAUAUCAUGUAUUAAAAACUUUCACAAGAGAACAGCACAUUUAUCAAUAUCUGACUUUCAGAUUUGUUAGUCAUAAGUUAAACUGUUUUAUGAGGCUUGUGUAAUAAGUCUACAGAAAACUUCCUCCAGUGUCUCAGUGGAAAUGUAGGCACCGCCAUCAUAAAACACUGGCUACAGGACUGUUAACCAUUUUCCCUCAUCUUCCACAGGCUCAGCAGUUUUCAGCUACGCCUACUGCUGACAGUUAUGGGUUAAUGAUUUCAUAUGUAAACUGUGCUGUUCAGUGUGGUUCCGUGGUUUUCACAAUUUACCAUUUCUAGGCUAUGAGUCAAGUGAGUACUUCGGUAUGUUUAAACUAGUCAUUUGGUCAUCUUCUUCCUGUGCAUGUAGGUAGUAAUCCUGAUCAUGAAGAUUUUGGUUAAAAUAUCUCUAAAUCUGUAUUUGUAUAUUUUUAAUUACUUUUGUGUUUCUUUUGUUGUAUCUGAAGAGAAUUCUGAAUGUUGGCCAGAGAAAAAAAGUCUUGUGAAAUGGUUUCUGUUACAUGUCUCUGAGUGGUUGGGUGUGUUGUUGGAUGUCACAUUAAAAACAAACCCACUUCAACAUACCAAAUAAUUCUACAGCUGUACACUAACUGGUAGCUUCAAAUGAAUGACACUGUUAGUCAUAUUAAA